AUGGUGAAGCCAGUGGUGCUGCUGCUUUUGUUAUCUCACAUGGCAUGGGACGUAGAUACCAUGAAGUGUCCUAUGAAUGAUCCUUUCCAUAUUCCACAUGAAUGGUAUCAGCCAGGUAGUCUCCUCAUUGGUGGGAUUGGUUCUCAGAUCAUUUACAUUUCCCCAGAUGAUGUUUCCUUCAACAAACACCCUUCUCAGGAUGUGUUUGGCAUUCAAAUAGUGGUGUCAAAGCUGUACCAGCACAUCCUGGCCUUGGUGUUUGCUGUGAAUGAGAUCAAUGAAAAUCCAAAGAUCUUGCCCAAUGUCACGCUUGGGUUCCAUAUCUAUGACAGCUACUAUAAUAUGAUGAUGACUUAUCGUACGACUCUGGACCUUCUCUUCAAAUUACAUAGAUUUAUUCCCAACUACAGAUGUCAUGAGCAGAAAAACCUAGUGGCUGUCAUUGGGAGCCUUGGCUCUGAUAUCUCCUUCCAUAUAUCAGACAUAUUAGGUGUCUACAAGAUUCCACAGCUCCACCCAUUUCUUCAAAGCAUCGUAUUCAAUAAUUCUGUGGGAGAAACAGUGUCUUUUAAUGAUGAAAGAGAAUUGGGAGCUGGAUUUGACAUAGUGAACAUAGUGAUAUUUCCAAAUAACUCAUUUGUUAGAGUACUAAUUGGAAGAGUUGAAUGCAAAGCUCUUACAGAAGAUGAAUUUGUCAUUAAUGAAGAUAUAAUUGUGUGGCAUGGAAGCUUCAAUCAGACGCUGCCCAUUUCCUCAUGUAGUGACUCAUGCCACCCUGGUUAUCAGAAGAAAAAUAAAGAAGGGGAGAAAUUUUGCUGCUAUGAUUGUGUACCAUGCCCAGAAGGGAAGAUUUCGAACCAAAAGGACACAGUUGAUUGUUUCAGAUGCCCAGAAGAUCGGUUUCCAAGCAAGGACCAAGAUCAAUGCAUUCCCAGAGUUAUAAGCUUUCUGUCUUAUGAAGAACCAUUAGGGAUUGGCUUAGCCUCGGUUGCAGCUGCUUUUUCCCUGAUCACAGUCUUGGUGCUAGGAACUUUUAUUAAGCACAAAGAGACACCCAUUGUCAAAGCAAACAACCAGAAUAUCACCUAUACUCUUCUCAUCUCUCUCCUGCUUUGCUUUCUCUGCUCAUUGUUAUUUCUUGGACAACCCAAAAAGAUGACCUGUCUUCUCCAACAAUCAGCUUUUGGCAUGAUGUUUACAGUGGCUGUUUCUUCAGUGUUAGCCAAAACCAUCACUGUGGUUUUAGCUUUCAUGGCUACCAAGCCAGGAUCCAGCAUGAGGAAAUGGAUGGGAAAAACACUGACUGGUUCCAUUGUCCUUUUCUGCUCCCUUGUUCAAGGGGUCAUUUGUGUAGUGUGGUUAGGAACAUCUCCCCCAUUUCCAGAUGUUGACAUGCAUUCAUCAACAGAAAAGAUCAUCAUAAAAUGUAAUGAAGGAUCUGUCAACAUGUUCUACAUUGUGUUGGGCUACAUGGGACUCCUGUCUGUUAUAAGCUUCACUAUGGCUUUCUUAGCCAGGAAGUUGCCAGAUAGUUUCAAUGAAACCAAGUUCAUCACCUUUAGUAUGAUAAUGUUCUGCAGUGUUUGGGUGUCAUUUAUACCAGCUUACAUGAGCACCAAAGGCAAAUAUAUGGUUGCUGUGGAGAUCUUCUCUAUUUUGGCUUCGACUGCUGGGUUACUGGGUUGCAUUUUUUCUCCCAAAUUCUAUAUUAUUUUGCUGAGACCUGAGCUGAAUCAGAGGGAGCAGAUAAUAAAGAGAAGGAACUGA